AUGGACGUCGAUGGCCUUGCAGAUCAUGGCGCAGAUGGCGCCACAGACGUCGAUGGCGCCAUGGGCGUCGAUGGCGCAGAUCGUGGCUCGCCGUUGCUCUUCCAGCUCGUCCCGUGGUCGCCGAUUGACCGACGCAGGCUGUGGAACCCGACGGUGAGGGAGGCAUCGUCGAUGGAGGGGCCUCUAAGAGGCUUCGCGAUCGCCCCGCUUCGCCGCUCGUUCGACGUGAUCUCACUACGACCUCGCGACGACGGCCCACGAUACCACUGUGAGGCCACGGCGACAGUAGCCGACAACGUCUUGGACAUUGAGCGCCCCCCGAAGAUUGUUUCAAGGGCUGCUGGCUCCAUGAUCGUGGGUGGCGACAGGAGGCGUCAUGGCGAGAUCGUCGAGAUGAUUGCAAGCUGUCUCGUGCAUUGCGACCGCUGUGCGCUCCAACUGCUCAACGAAAGCAUCCGUAGAGAUGCCACGUCGUUGCUGCUUUUCGUGGAGUUCUCGAGGUACGACGCUACGGAGCUCAACGUUGGACUGAAACGAUAUGAUGCGGACUCGGCUGUGCCACUCCUGGACGCUACAUCUAACACGGAGGCUCUCAUGGACAUAGCGCCCGACCUCGCCCUUAGCAAAGAGUUGGAGUCUGCGACACUCGCCAAGGAUGGCCAGACCCCGAAUCGAGCACACCUGUUUGGUUCAGAACAUGGUUGGGCCGCUCUGAUCAGUAUUCAGGAUGGCGAGCGCAGACGGCUCGUCAAUUUCUUCGGCCCCACGCUGACAUGGACCCAGGUUGUAGACCGCGGCACGGCUAAGUGUGCAAAGCAGGCGCUCAUCGAGACGUGCGGCACGUUCAUUGACGCGGACCAUUACGACACACGGCUACGAAUUGCAACCACAGAUGCCGCAUCAGCGAACUAUAUGACCGAGAGGGGCAUGAUGGCGGAUCGCGACGAUGGAUGGGUCAACUUGCACAUGCCGUGUAAUGUUCACAAGGUUGCGACAGGCCACACCAAAACAUACGACUUGGUAAAAGAUGACAUCACUGGAGCCAUACAACUAUCACUGUCAGUAUCAUCAGCAUCGGCCAUGAGCUCCUUCAGGCGCGCAUUCACCACCGUGGCUCGCAAACGAUUGGUGGUGGAGCGAGGGAGGCCAACUGCGUUGGACGAGGAGUAUCGGGAGACCAUGCUGAACCUCUUCCUGACCAAGGGGCAGAAGCACGGUGAGAAGGCGCACAUGGCCAAAACUAUUCUGAACGGCCCGUGGCAGGACCACUCCAAAUUUGUUGUGUACAUCGAUGGUGAAGGUCCAAUCCCAGCCACGGUUCGAAGACAAGUGGAGAAGAAUGUUGUACGUUGUCUGAACUUUGUUUGCUUGGGGAAGUCAUUCAGCACCUACCCUCGUCAUCGCUGGACGGGCGCGGACGUUUCCAUUGAUGAGAUUGGUUUGGCUGCUUGCAUACACGGGCUUCUUUUUCCAGCCUACCAGUUGUUCGUGAAUUCUGCCGCGGGCCCGAGCGACGGUAUGCGCGAGGGUGACCGCGCGGCUGACAGUCGGCCUGCCGACCGACGGCCCCGCGCUGGCGGCGGGCCGCGGUCGGCUUCCCCAGCGGGCGGCGAGGUGCCCAUGGGCGCCGCUGCAGCGCAGGAGUUCUUCGAGGAUUUGGACAAGGCGUGGGACUCCAGAGUGUGGGACUUCAUCCCAUUGCAGUCUCGUACGUUUGCAUUUCGGUCAGUGUGUUUCAGGAUGUUGUCAAGGUCUGGUUGCUUGGUGAACCAUUAUCUUGUGAAGCCUGCGGACGAGUUCCCCGUUGCCCUCUUCGCCUUGAUCCUGGGUGUGGACUGCGCCAAACAACUGCAGGACCAACCGCGCUGCUUGCGGGAUGUCUUCUCGGAUCAUAUUUUGGAAUCGUAUCCAGGAGACGCGCUAGGCAACGAGGAAUGCAUCGCUAAGUUGAUCACUGUGGCCCAGAUAACGCACGUGGAGAACGUUAAAUGCGAGCACGACCACUCAUCUUUCAAGAGGCACGUGGAUGCGCAGAGCGUCAACACGAACCGUGCGAAUUUCGAUUAUGUGAACGCGCAGGUCACGUGCCAGAAGUUCAGG